AUGGCUAGCUUCUCCACGCAGCAUCCGCGGCAAACGGUGGUCGUACAAGCUACAAUCCGCAAGCCCCUGCACGCCGAAUCGCACUUCAACAAGAAAACCAAAGACGGCAGCAUCCCCCUCGUGCUCGUGCCCACGUACCCCCACUUUUGCGACACGUUUGUGCGCAUUCCGUCGGGGGUGUGGGUACUGUACCAACGCUGGAACGCCCACGCGGGGAUGCUGGAGCCGGGACUGAUCCCCGUGUGGGCAGCUUACAACCGCGUGUCCCACAUCGUGACCAAGCAUGCGGUAGCGUACUCGGCGCCCGUCGAGCGGUGUCCUACCUCGGACAAUGUCAUGGUGGACAUUGACAUCUCCAUCAACUUUCAAAUCGGGCCCAGCGCCGACGACGCUGUCAAGUUUGUGUACAUGCUCGGCGCGCAGCGUUUCAACGAACUUAUUUCGAUGCUCACGGCUGAGGGCAUUCGGGGGUUGGUGCAUUCGGUCCGCCAUGACCAAGUGCACGACCUCCGCGAAGAGUUUGCGAGCGGCAUGAAGCGCGACCUCAACCACAAACUCGUCGCGUACGGCGUGGUCAUUCACAACGUCAAAGUGACCAACGUAGCCCUUCCCACUCGGUUGUCUGCGACCCUGGAAAAGACGACGGCGUUCAAAACCAAGAUGGAGGAGCAGGAGAAGAAGCACGAGAACGACAUGCGCAUCUUGCUCAACGACGAAACGAAGCUGCUCACCGCGAUCCAAAAAGCCAACGACCGCAACGUCAAGGACCUUGUAGCGCAAAGGAACGCGAACUCAUCUCUCGACACAACCAAGUACAACGCAUUGGUUUUGCAAACCGCCGGCAAGCGCGACAUUGCAUUUGCCACCGCCACCGCGGCGGCCACUAUGAAACGCAACGACGCCAUGAUGCUGCUCGUGGCUGCGCAACGCGAGUACGAACAACGUGUGAAUGCAGAGCAAAUCAAGCAACAAGCGAUGUUCGAUGUCGCAAGCAAGACGGCGGCGGGGCUCUUGGCGGCAGCCGACGCCGAAGCCAAGUCGGCCGACGCACUCACUGUGAAGCGCCAGUUUGAAUACGCGUUCAGGAAGAACCAAGUGGACCAGCAACUGGUCGGACGGGCCAAGAUGGUCAUCAGCGGCGACAACGGCGAGGCCCUCAUCCGACGGCUCGUCGACGUCUGA